GAAAAUUAAUUAGAAUUUAAAAAAAUAAAAAUUCUACAGCGAAUUGAAAUGAAAAUUUAUGUCCGGUUCUUAUUUCUUAAUGUUUUUAUAUUAUUAUAAACUUAAAGGUUUUAAUUCAUUAAUACUGUACUUACAAUGAAAUACAUUUCGUUUAGCUUAAUUGUAUCUUUAUUUUUUGCUGGUUAUGUUAUCAAUACAAUAUGGAAUUUAGCUGAAAUAUUUAUACCGCCUGAAUGUAGUCGUGGCGAAAAAUGUUUUACGUCUUAUUUAGCUUCAAAUCCUGUGCAGUGUCUAGUGUUAUUUACUUCAGUUACCGAAAAUCCUUAUAGGGAGGGGAUAUCGGGUGCGUCAGUAAAUAAAGUUCACACAUCUUUAAAAUUUGAUUACCGCAAAUCUUCAAAAAUGGUUGUGAAUUUAAAAAUACCUCGUCGUACUCGAAAUAAUGGAUCUUUUUAUAUGCAUGCUGUACUAUUGGAUGAAAAACGCCUUUAUGACGAUUUUAUUGAUAUAUUUAAGACGGAAGCUGUGCAUACCUUGCCUCUUGUCACAUUUAUGGAACCUCAGGCAGAAAUGUUCAAUCUUCUACAGGCUAAAACAGAAACGAAAGCUCCACAGAAAAAAAUUAAACCAUAUGCCCACAUAUCCACCGAGGCCCCACUGUCAAUAUUGACAGAUAAUUUAAACUUGCCCCCUAAAAAAAUUCCUGGGGAAUUAUAUGCCUAUUUGAGGAUUAAACAAGGAAAAUUUUUGCCAAUAAUCCAGCAUAAUGUUUUAAAAUCACGUAUAUCCCAUUUACAAUUACUAAAUAGCAGUAGUUCAGAAGUGAAUGUGACAGUAGAUGUGGCACCAACAUCAUAUGGUGUGUUAAGAUUGGCAUUGCAUGUAAAAUUGGCACUAGAACAACUCCAGAUGCUUGGCUUCAGUGAGAAGGAUGUGGACGAUGUUAAAGGAAUAUUUGCUGACACAAAUUUGUAUCUUCUAUCUGCAACUGUUCUAAUUGCAAGUUGUCAUCUGCUGUUUGAUUUCUUGGCGUUCAAGAAUGACGUGUCGUUCUGGCGUAGUAAGCGGUCUUUAGCCGGACUGUCGCCUCGCACUGUAUUGUGGCGGGCAUUCUCGCAAUUCGUCAUCUUCUUUUAUCUGAUUGAUGAACAGACGUCUUUACUGGUUCUAGUGCCGGCCGGUGUUAGUGCUGUUAUUGAGUUGUGGAAAGCCAGCAAAGUUCUGCACGUGCGCGUGUCCGUAUCAGGCGGGCGCGUGCGCGUGUGGCGCGAAGCGGGUGACGCUGGCGAACAGCAAACGGCACGAGCAGAUGCAGAGGCCAUGCGGUACCUUGCCCUCGUGCUGUAUCCACUCUGUGCCGCUGGGGCCAUUUACUCGCUGCUAUACGAGCCACAUAGGAGCUGGUACUCAUGGGCGCUGCAUAGCGUUGUAAAUGGCGUGUACGCAUUUGGGUUCAUACUGAUGCUACCGCAGCUCUUCGUGAAUUAUCGGCUGCGGUCGGUCGCGGCACUCCCCUGGCGUGCCUUCAUGUAUAAAGCUUUCAACACCUUCAUUGACGACGUUUUCGCCUUCAUCAUCACGAUGCCCACGGCACACCGCGUGGCUUGCUUCCGCGAUGACAUCGUGUUUCUCAUAUAUCUAUACCAAAGAUGGUUGUACCCUGUUGACAAAUCGCGUACUGAUAGUGCCCUCAGUAUGGACGAGAACCCUGAUGAGUUGGAACCUGCAAAGGAGAAGGCUGACUAAGGUUUUUACUAACAGGCACGUUUCAUGAUCAACAUGAUGGGUCCGGAGGUAGAGCACAAAAACUGACAAACGAUCGCAGACGCAGAACGCAGAUUGGAGCUAUUUGCACAAUAGUCGUAUAAAACCUUAACUAAAUUUGUGCUAUUAUUUCAAUCGCAUUUUUUACAACAUAAUAUCCUCGGAAGUCAUCACGCCGUCUAAAGGCAAAAUCUGGAAUUGCUGUUAAUAACGCUUUUACGAAUUUAUUUUAAUGUAUUUGUACGUGACUGCAUUUAUUAUGCGUAUGUUGUUAAACAUCUAUGUUGCUCAAAAAUGUCUUAAAUAUAUAUAAUAAUUGUCAAUAAGCUUAGCCUCUAUUUAAGGAAGUUUUUGGUCUUAAAAGAUAUUUUGCGACAGGUGUGCUCUGGAUUUAUAUAGAAAUGGUCCCUGUUCAAGCAUCAAUUCCAUACUGGGUUAACUGACCGUCAUUUGUCUUUUUACAGGAUGAUAUUUUUUAUGUAGUAAAAUACACUAACACAAAGAUAAAAAGACGCUAUUACAAUUCACCUACAAUUUUAAUAAUUCUAUUAGACGUAAUUUUAUUCGAAUAGAGUGGUAUAGUCUCAAUUAUCACGUCGAUUCGAUGUUUUAGACUAUAUAAAUAUUUUUAUAUUAUUUUUAUAUGUAUUUUAGCAUUUAUUUUGUUGAUAGCAAAUGGAUUGAACGAAUAUUGCCGUUGAAGUAAGUGCACAAAACUAUUCAUUGUAAACUAUCGAAGUGAAACCGUCAAAUUGUGAAACGGAACGCACCUCGCGCCCUGAUUGGUUGAACGUCAAAUGCCCCGCGCCACCAUAUUUGUUUGUUAAUUCGUUUGUUGUCGAAUGUAUGCCGUUCAACCAAUCAGCGCGCGAGGUUUUUUUUUAAAAUCACAAAGUUAGGUUAACAGUUUAAUAAAACUACUUGCUUAACAGGCGCUAUAGGCGUAGCUUGUUUUAACAUCUGUCCAGCUACUAUCUUUUUCAAUAAAGCUUGGGAUCGCGUUUUGAAAACUUAUCGGGAGUUUUAGGGUAACCUGGUAACUAAAUGCGACCGCGAUCAUUGUAUGUUCUUUUCACUAACAUCGAAGUAGGUAUCUACUAGAAACUAGGUACUAAGCAAGUACGGAUUUAUCGUUAUGUAUGUAUUUCUUAUGUAUAUGUACAUUAUAAAAAACUUUGCGUCUGACCUGGUUCGUCGUGAAUACCACUAGUACCAAAUGCAUUAUUUAUUGUUCAUCUAAAGAGAGGCUUGCGUUUUAAGGCUACAUGUAAUACUAGAGGCUGAUUAAAUUUUAUUUAUAUAUUCGUCUUGUGAGAAAAAUUAUUAUAGAGUUUGCCGUAGCUUAAUUUUGUCAUGUUUUGUUUUAGUUGAAAAAUUUGUUUAUAAGGUAUUUUUAGCACAUCAACAUUCCUGUUUGUUUAUUUUUAAGUAGCUAAUUAUAUUAUUCAUUUACUUUGACAAAUGUUCGUCAUGGUUCUUGUAUUUUUAUUAUUAUUUUCUAGCCUGUAAAUUAUGGAGGCUAAAUAUACAAAUGAAUUAUAAAUGUUUGAAAUAAAUGCGAUACAUCAGCGA